UACUCUUUUUCUUUCUUCUUUUUUAUAACAUAUUAAAAAAAUGUCAGAACCUCACUCCAACUUGGUACCUAAUGCUGGUUUACCCGAUGCUCCUAAGGUCGAUCCUGAACACGAUCCUGCCACAGCCAUCUUGCGUCGUAAAGCUUCUCCCAAUAAAUUAAUGGUGGAUGACGCAACCAGUGAUGAUAACUCUGUGAUCACUCUCUCUCCCGCUACUAUGGAAAAGUUACAACUCUUUAGAGGUGAUACCGUCAUUGUCAAAGGUAAAAAGAGACGUGAUACCGUCUUAAUUGCAUUAUCCGAUGACGAUGUAGAGGACAACAAAGCCAGAGUCAACAAAGUCGUACGUAACAAUCUUCGCUUGAGAUUGGGUGAUGUGAUCACUAUCCAUCCUUGUCCUGAUAUCCAAUACGGUAAACGUAUUCACGUUCUUCCUAUUGAUGAUACAAUUGAAGGUUUAACUGGUAAUUUGUUCGAAACCUUCUUGAAACCUUAUUUCUUGGAAGCAUAUCGUCCUGUACGUGUCGGUGAUACAUUCCUCGUUCGUGGUGGUAUGAGAGCUGUGGAGUUUAAAGUUGUAGAAACCGAUCCCGCACCUUACUGUAUCGUUGCCCAAGACACAGUGAUUCAUUGUGAAGGUGACCCCAUCAAGCGUGAAGACGAAGAACAAGGUCUUAGUGAUGUUGGUUACGAUGAUAUUGGUGGUUGUCGUAAACAAAUGGCCCAAAUUCGUGAACUUGUCGAAUUACCUCUUCGUCAUCCUCAACUCUUUAAAUCCAUUGGUAUUAAACCCCCUCGUGGUAUUCUCAUGUUCGGUCCUCCCGGUACCGGUAAGACUUUAAUUGCCAGAGCCGUCGCUAACGAGACAGGUGCAUUUUUCUUCUUGAUCAACGGUCCCGAAAUUAUGUCCAAGAUGGCUGGUGAAUCCGAAAGCAAUCUUCGUAAAGCCUUUGAGGAAGCAGAGUCUAACUCUCCUGCUAUCAUCUUUAUUGAUGAAAUUGAUGCUAUUGCUCCCAAGCGUGAUAAAACCAAUGGUGAAGUCGAACGUCGUGUUGUCUCUCAAUUAUUGACUUUGAUGGAUGGUAUGAAGGCUCGUGCUAACGUCGUGGUAAUCGCUGCUACCAAUCGACCCAACUCUAUUGAUCCUGCUUUACGUCGUUUCGGUCGUUUCGAUCGUGAAGUAGAUAUCGGUAUUCCUGACCCAACUGGUCGACUUGAAGUUCUCCGCAUUCAUACCAAAAAUAUGAAGUUGGAUGAUGAUGUUGAUCUUGAGAAGAUUGCUUCUGAAACUCACGGUUAUGUCGGUGCUGAUAUUGCCUCUCUUUGUUCUGAAGCCGCUAUGCAACAAAUUCGUGAAAAGAUGGAUCUGAUUGAUCUUGAAGAAGAUACCAUCGAUACCGAGGUUCUUGAUUCUUUAGCUGUCACCAUGGAGAACUUCACUUAUGCCUUGGGUGUCUCUAACCCCUCUGCACUUCGUGAAACUGUGGUUGAAAUUCCCAACGUUAAAUGGAACGAUAUUGGUGGUCUUGAAAACGUCAAGCAAGAAUUACAAGAAACUGUACAAUACCCUGUUGAGCAUCCCGAAAAGUUUUUGAAGUUUGGUAUGAGUCCCUCCAAGGGUGUUCUCUUCUACGGUCCCCCCGGUACCGGUAAGACCUUGUUGGCCAAGGCCAUUGCCAAUGAAUGUCAAGCAAAUUUCAUCUCUAUUAAGGGUCCUGAACUUUUAACCAUGUGGUUCGGUGAAUCUGAGGCUAAUGUUCGUGAUGUAUUUGAUAAAGCUAGAGCUGCUGCUCCUUGUGUCAUGUUCUUUGAUGAAUUGGAUUCUAUUGCUAAGGCCAGAGGUGGCGGAGGUGGAGAUGCUGGCGGUGCUGGUGAUCGUGUCUUGAAUCAGAUUUUGACUGAGAUGGAUGGUAUGAAUGCUAAGAAGAACGUAUUUGUCAUUGGUGCUACUAACCGACCUGAUCAAAUUGAUCCUGCUUUAUUGCGUCCUGGUCGUCUUGAUCAAUUGAUUUAUAUCCCUCUUCCUGAUGAGACCUCUCGUCUUGCCAUUCUUACCGCUCAAUUAAGAAAAUCCCCUGUUGCUCCCGACGUUGAUUUAGGCUUAAUUGCUAAACACACACAAGGCUUCUCCGGUGCUGAUUUAGGCGAGAUCUGCCAACGUGCUGCUAAAUUAGCCAUCCGUGAAGAUAUUGAACGUGAUAUUAAGAGAGAAAGAGAGAACAAGGUUAAACAAGAAGCAGGUGAAGAUAUUGGUAUGGAUGAAGAAGAUGAGAGUGAUGCUUUUGCUGAAAUCACACGUGCUCACUUUGAAGAAGCUAUGCGUUUUGCUCGUCGUUCCGUGAACGAUUCUGAUAUCCGUCGCUAUGAAAUGUUUGCUCAAAACUUGCAACAAUCCCGUGGUUUUGGUUCCUUCAAAUUCCCUGAAGGUCAAGGUGGCUCGGGUGCCAAUAAUGCAUCUGCCACCGAGGAAGGUACAGGUUUUGGUCAAGAAGGAGGUGAUGAUGAUUUAUACGCAUAAAUAAAUACAAAAUAAAACAAAUAAAAAAAUAUUUUCUGUUAAGCUAGUUAAAA